AUGGAGGCGGAGCAAGAGGAUUCUUACGAUUUCUUCGCCGGAUUGAAGUUCGUCCUUUUAGGUUUUGAUCCCAUUUCGCUACAGAAGGUGAGGUCCAAAAUUGUGGAAGGCGGUGGAGUGGCUGAUGUUCGAUACAGUUCCGACUGCACUCACGUUGUUGUGGAUAAAGUUGUUUAUGAUGAUCCCAUCUGUGCGGCUGCUCGAAGGGAUGGCAAGUCGGUAGUCACCAAUUUGUGGGUUGACCAUAGUUUUGAUUUGGGAAUGCCUGCUGACACAGCCUCUAUCAUGUAUAGGCCUUUAAGGGACCUGAAUGGAAUUCCGGGGGCCAAAUCUUUGGUUAUUUGCUUGACUGGAUACCUGCGUCACUAUCGAGAAGAUAUUAUGACAAUGGUUGGCUUGAUGGGUGCAAAUUUUUCAAAGCCUUUGGUGGCAAACAAGGUUACUCAUCUAGUAUGCUACAAAUUCGAAGGCGAGAAGUAUGAGCUUGCAAAGAAAAUUAACAGGAUUAAACUUGUCAACCAUCUGUGGUUGGAAGAUUGUUUAAAAAGUUGGAAAAUUAUGCCUGAAGCUGACUACGAGAAGAGUGGUUAUGAAUUGGAAAUGAUGGAAGCUCAAGCUAAAGAUUCUGAAGACGAGUUGUCAAAUACAGCAAUCAGCCAACAGGCACAAAGAGAGUUUGCUGCCCUUUCAGCUUCUUUGUUAAUUGAGGAAAAGGAAGCUAAAUGUGAUGAAGUUCCAUUUCAAAAAGGAACUUUAAGUCGCAAUGAAGCAUCUACCGCUGAAAAUGGAAGUGCAGAGAACAUUUGCGGUGGUUUUCGAUUACAAUCAAUGAAUAAAUCAUCCUCUCCAUUUGUUGGAAGUGCCUUCAGUUCAGUUUCUUAUAGUAAUAAGAAAUCAUCUCAGCUCGGUGCAUCUGACAACACGAAAUCACCCAAGCUCAGUUUGGUUUCAGUUCAUCUGACCCUUGGUGCACCUGAACACCUUAAAUCACCUCAGCUCAGUGCUUCCGACCACAUUGCUUUAAGUUAUUCCAGAAAAACCCCAAGGAAAGCUACUCUUCCUUUCGAAUCUGUAAGCAACCACAUGGUCAACGAAUGCUUUGCCCGGUCUUCUUCCAGGAUGGAUGAGAAAGGAACUGUAUCCCCUAACCUGAAAAGUUCCUUGGCGGAAAAUCUAUUACCCCCAGGAGAUGAGCAAAACGAUCAAACUGUUAAUGCCUCUGAAAACAGAAACAUGGACAUGGAUUGCAUCUCAGAAGGUACAUUAUGCAAGGACAAAACUGAACAAGCUGCACCUGAACCUCUUACGAAUAGAAAGCUACAGACAACUAGUCAUUCGCCUGUAGUAAGUUCCACCAAUGCAGAUGGUAAUGCUCAUUUGAGUCCCCAAAAAGAUUCUCCUCUUAAGAUGGAAACAUUUCCAAUACCUGAAACUAUGUCCAAUGAAACUACUGAGCCACAUAAGUCUCCAAUCAACUUCGUAAAGGAUGCCAUGCCUCAAAUUAACUGCAGUGGGGAAACACUUCCAUUGGCGUCCAGAAGGAGAGAGAAUACCAGCUUGGAUCAUAUGACAAAAGUUGCAGAUGUCAUCACUGAUAAACCUGAAAGUGUAUUCAAUGAAUCUACUGAGCCACGUGAUGGAGAAAUACCGACUCCUGGAACCAGCAAAAUUGAGGCUGCAAAUUCCAAUACUAGAGUUGGUUUAGACCAUCCAGAAGACCAUCCGGAAGGUGAGGCCAGCACUCUGUCAAAACCGCCUAGAAAAAAGCAGGCGGCUAGAAGAACUUUGGGUUCUCGACAAAAGCAGGUGGCUAAAAAAACUUUGGGUUCUAGACCAAGCUUUGGCAGAGGUGGAGCUGGAAAUCAAAAAGUGGCCAACACGAGUGAAAAAGUCUCUCUUGAGAAAUCUCCUGUCAGUGCCAGUGAAGGCAAGGGGACUGAAGACCUUGAUAGGGUUAUUGUUUCUGGAAAUACCGGGAUGAUUUCUCCGAGUUCUGAUACAAAUAUGGACAAAGAUAUCAAGAUGGCCAGCUUUUUUGAAUUCAGCAGUGAUGAGAGAAAUGUGGCAGGAAUUGUAGAUGAUGAAACUGAAGCUCCAGAGAAUCAGGAAGAUAAUGAAUUAGUUGCUGUUGUCAACAAAAACAAGUAUGAGGGUGUUGACGUUUCACAUUCAGAUGAUAUAAGAUCGGGAAGUAAAGUAGGUGUUGAAAAUGAACAGGAUGACGAUGUUCUUGCCAGAGAAGAUGAUUUAUUGAUUUCUGAUGAGGAAAAUUCUAAAAUGGAAGCUGAAAUUGCUUCUCUGGAGCAAAUGGGAAAUGAUGAGUCAACAGUCAUGGAUUGGACUGAAGAGGACAGGAAAAUCAGAGGCAAAAAACGUACUUUAACUGGAGCAAAGAAAGACAACUCAACCGUGGUGACCACAUUAGGAAGUUCUACUAAAGGUGACAGGAGGAAGGGAAUGAGCACUGCAAAGGCAAAAACAAAGAUGGUAAUGAGUCCCCUCGUGGCAGAUGGGGGCGAGUCGAAAAACUCAAACAAAAGUGAUAGGCCUACAGCAAAAUCAAAAGCAAAGAAGGCAAAGGUCGCUCCCCCUUUGGCAGAUGGCUCCCGGUUGAACGACUCGAACGGAACGGAUACGGAGAAUAGGCCGGUAUCCAAGCCGAGAGCAAAGAAGGCAAAGGUUUCUUCCCCAAGGGCAGAUGAGGAUGAGUCAAAGAACCCCACUGAAAUAGAUAAGGAGAACAGGCCUGAUCAUAGCGGAAGCCUUAAUGUGAAGCCCAGAAAGAAGCAAACUGGGAGUUUGACUCAAAUAUCAAACCAGAAAUCCCAGGAGAAAGAGGUUGCCCUGCCAGGUGAAGAGUCUGUGUUACGGGAUCCUCAAACGAGAACAAACCCGGCAUGGUUUAUACUUACAGGCCAUGUAUUGCAAAGAAAGGAGUUUAAAAAGGUGAUAACACGUUUGAGAGGAAGGGUGUGCAGAGAUUCUCACCAAUGGAACUAUCAAGCAACACAUCUUAUUGUUCCAGAUCCGUUACGCAGAACUGAAAAGUUUUUUGCUGCUGCAGCAUCUGGAAGGUGGAUUCUGAAGACUGAUUAUUUAACUGCUUGUGAUGAGGCUGGGAGGUUUUUGCCUGAAGAGCCAUAUGAAUGGCACAAAAAAGGCCUUAACGAAGAUGGUGCAAUCAACCUGGAAGCCCCACGGAAGUGGCGUCUCUUGAAGGAGAGGACUGGACACGGUGCCUUCUAUGGAAUGCAUAUAAUCAUUUAUGGAGAAUGCUUUGUACCUUCACUGGACACACUGAAGCGCGUGGUGAAGGCUGGAGAUGGUACUAUUUUGGCAACUUCACCUCCUUACACUCGCUCGCUAGAGUCAGGAAGAAUCGACUUUGCCAUUGUUAGUCCUGGGAUCCAGCGAGAUGACAUUUGGGUUCAAGAAUUCUUAAGAUAUGAGAUACCCUGUGUUGUAGCUGAUUAUUUGGUUGAAUAUGUGUGUAAACCGGGAUACCCUCUAGACAAGCAUGUACAAUACAACACGCAUGCUUGGGCCAUGAAGUCGUUUAAGAAACAAGUAAACCGUGUGGAAGAUACGGUUGAGGUUUCUACGCCGGAGCAAAAUGGUGCUGAUGACAUUAAGUGUCACUUGUGUGGUUCUGGUGACAAUGGAGAAGAACUGCUCAUUUGUGGCGAUGAAACUGGUUCUUCAGGUUGUGGUAUCGGUGUACACAUGGGCUGUUGUGAUCCCCCGCUCGAAGAGAUCCCUGAAGGGGACUGGUAUUGUGAAAAUUGCAGCAAUAAAACUGGAAAGAAGCCUAAGAAAUCCAUCCCCAAGUCAAAGCGAAAGUAAAUUUUCUUUUCUUUUUCUUUGUACUUUUUAGUUUAUAGCUUUUGUUAUAUUUGACUCUGAAAAACAAAUAUUGGCAACUCUAUAUAAUGCCUCCUUAGUACAAACUGCCACCGACCUCUUUGUGAAUUGUGUAACGUGUCUGCGUGUGUUCCUAUUGGUUUUCAUGAUCUUCUGCCCUUGUCGUUGGCCCCAGCAAACUUUUAUAACUGCAUUGAUUUUUUUGGACGCUAAUACCAGCUGGUAAUUUGUAACUAGGAAAUAAGCAAUG